AUGCAGCACGACGCCCACUACCACAACCCCGCCAUAACACACGGCACACAUCACCAGCCAGGUGCGCCUUUCGCCCCCGCAAUGACCCCUCGCCGAUCUGUUCCAGGUCUCGCUUUGCCCACCCCGUCCAUGCAGAACCAGAUUCACGAGCUCGCGAAGACACUCCCACCCCCACGGAAACAGAACACCGCCUGCGACGCCUGCAGGUCACGCAAGGUCAAGUGCAAUCGGUUGCCAGGGCAGGAGAAGUGCCAGCAUUGUUUAUCGAAGAACUACCCUUGCACCCAUUUUGUCCAGCAAGCGACCAGCGAAAAGAAGCGCAGUAGUGCAGUCAAUAGGAGACCGAGGAAUAUCAGCUCAGCGGGCGCAAAUGUUCCUCCAUCUACGACUCCCAGAUAUGCUCCUUCUAGUGCAUCUAGUUCGGAAUGCGGCCCUUCAACUCCUUCUGGAAACCCGCAAUUACCUCUUAUGGUCCGAUACGGGUUUUGCCCACCACUGACAACCUCAACGCCUACGCCGGAGGUCCUGACUUUCAUAUUCGCACCCCCAGAUCAGAACGAACAAUCUGUGUUUCAAGCGGGGCUCACAAGAUCUCCCUACGACGCAUGGGGAGAAUUGGCUUCCAAGCUGGAUGAUGAGAACUUCAGGGCUGAGUUUGCCCUCGACCUCGUGGAAGUCUUCUUUCAGAUAGUUCAUACACGCCUUCCCCUCCUUAAUCCCGAGCAGUUCCGCAGCCGCCUUCAACUCCAAUCUACGACCACCGUCCCCAGCAUACCUCCUCUACAUCCUGCACUGGUCGCCACAGUACUGGCUUGGGGCUGUAAAUUCUCUGAACACCCGCUACUCAUUGCCGACCGCAAGCGACCAGGCGGUCAGAGCCUCUUGGCCAAAACUCUCAUUGAUCGCGCUCGAGACCUUGCGGAAGCCCUGAAAGUGCACCGGGUACCCUCAUCUGAUCAUGUCGUUAUCGCACUAUUAAUUGAGCCUCUGCAAAAUCAAAAUCCGGAUGACCCCAAUGGAUUCCACGGUUUUUGGUUGACUUCAGCUACGCGCCAUCUAUUGGAUCUCGGGAUUAACCACAAGUCCGUAAUGGCCAAUAUUCAAGAUCCAGAGAACCGUGGCACCAUGAUUUUUGCAUGGUGGAUGACAUGUCUCUGCGAUGCCUACGCGUCGGCAUACUAUCGACGAAAACCGGUCCUGGACGACGACGAUUAUGAUAUCGACUUUUACACCGCUGAUCCCAUCCCCGACAUAACCGACGGAGCCCCAACUCCUUCUCCAAGAGAGCAACUAGAGUUCUUGGGCUACUAUCGGGCCGCACACUCGCUGGCUCGGACUGCCCGCAUGAUGUCACGUCAACUCUGGAGACCUGCCACCGAUUCUGAUGGCGUUCCAUUCGACAACCUCUGCACCUUUGCGACCGCCUUAACUGAAUGGAGAGACCAUUAUCUCAACGCUGUCGGUGUUCCCAGCAAUUUUGCUGGGGAGUGGGACUUUGUCUCUGCUGUCUCUUCGUGUUCGAGUGAUGCCACCUACCAUGUUAUGUGGAUUAUAUUGUUCAAUGCCUUGGAUGACUUCGGCAUUAAAGAAUUGAACAAUGCCGUGGCAUCCGCCUCCGACCUCACAGAGAUUGAGAACGUCAAGCGGAAGGUCGCCGACGAGGCGCUACACGGAGCACUGCGCAUCGCUGGCCUCGCGGGAGUGCUCACGUCGAAUGGUUACCUGCGGCUCGACCCCGCCGUGAUGCACAUCAGCUGUAUACUCGCCGGCACACUGCUCGCCCGACUCGGGCGCCCGGAGGUGUCAAACUGCAUCGCCGGGCUGAAGCAGUACAGCUACGCCUACGAGGAAGCUGGGGAUCAGGCCAAUGAAAUGAACCGGCUAUUCCAGCGCGUGCGAAACGGUGAUAUAGAGCUCAACCAUAUGGUGUCUAUCUUCCCUCGUGGGUCGUCACCGGCCUCGAGAUCGUCGCACAGCCCGCACACCUCGAACGCGAUGCUGGUGGAUGAGCAUAGACCGAACGGCUCACCAUCGUCGGCGCAUCCAUUCGCAACAGCCACAGGGAGCUUUUCAAAACCUGCCAUCUAUGGACAACAUUAA